ACUUUUUGUUUUUAAAUUUAUCAAGAGGACUAGAGACUCAAGUAGUUUCAAAUUCUGAUCUUAAUUUCAUCAUUACUAUAAAAUUCAUAACUGAUUUCUUAAAUACAAAAAGAAUUGGAAAUAUAACUCAAGUAGUGCUGAGAUAUGUAUGAUAUUUCAGACUGCAAAAAGUAAAAUUUUGUCAACCCCCCAAAAGGUUCUGUACUGGUCUGGCAUAGUAUUUCUACAAAUAGGGAAAGGAACUUGUAUCCUCAUGUUUAGGUCAGGAAGACCUGUGAGUCUGGCCCCUUUAAAAAUCAGACUGAUGUGAUCUGGAGUCAUAAUGACAGCUUUCUUGGGUAAUUCUUAGAAAUAUAAUUUUUUACCUGCCUGGAUCAGAAGUCCUGAGAAGAGCUCUGCCAUUGAAAGGCUGUGUGUUGCUGAGUAAUCUCUGUGUGGUUAGUGAGAGAUGUAUGUAGUUAGGUUUAUAUAACUCAAGGUUUAUUUUCAAAAAUCUAGAUGCCUUAGCCAUAGAUAAGGGACAGUGAUGUUUAGCUGGGGCUUAUUUCUACUCUGUGGGGGGAACCCAGCAUUUAGUGAAAAAGGGCAGUUUCUUUGAAAUGAGGUCCUAAUUGUUUGGUUGGUCAUAUUUCUGAAACCUAGGUCAUGGAAGGGAGGUCAUCCUGGCCCAAGAAUACCUCUGAAACCUACUGCUAAUGGAAAUUCACCUGCUGAAAAAAUGCCUGUAGCCUGAAUUUGAAUGAGGAUAUGGUGGCUUGGAAAUGGACAUACUAGAAGACCUUCAGUCCCUGCAGUUUGAGUAUGGGAUUUCAGAGGAAGAUCGUUCCUGGCUCUAUUUGCGGGGCCGUUCUCGGGGACUAAUGAUUGAGGCCUGUGCCCAUGCAGUCUUCUUCUGCAAGCUAUUCCAAAAUUUGAGAGAAGUAAUAUAUGAGAAUCAAAGUUCCAGAUCACUCUCAGUUGGAUCACUUGAUUUGGCCUCUACUGACGACGAUGAGAAGUUAAAAGUGGGCAUCAUUGGAGGUGGCCAUCUUGGGAAGCAGCUGACGUGUGCACUGCUGACGCUUGUCCCCCUCCCUGCUGAGAGCCUGCGCAUCUCCACUCGGAGGCCAGAGGCCUUGACUGAGUUCCAGAAAUUGGGGAUCCAGUGCUUCUACCGCAACUCUUAUCUGGUAGAUUGGGCCAACAUGAUAUUCCUCUGCUGCUUGCCAUCUCAGCUGCCUCCAAUCUGCUUAGACAUUCAAUACAGCCUUAAGAAGAACUGCAUUGUGUACAGCUUUGUGUCUGCCAUCCCACUCCCCAGGUUGAAACUCUUACUGAACACCACCAAUAUUUUGCGGCCUAAGUAUCAGUGUGCUGAGGAUUCUGACAACAUCUGGGGGGCCAAUAAAGAAAUCACAGCUGCUCUCCAAGAUCCCGUGAUUCUUCGGGCUACCUGCCCUUACAGUCCUGCCGGUGGAAUAACCCUUAAUAUCAAAUGGUUGGAGGGAGUGUUCUACGCACUCCUAAAUAUCGGUACAGCAAGCAACAUGGCCCAUUCACAAGUGCUGCAGCUUCUGAAUAAAGUGUUUCUCUCUAUGCACCACAAAGACUGUAAAACAGAUGAAGCAUCUUGCCCCAAAUUUCAGUUAAUAGAUUUUGUCAACACAGUCUAUGUAAAGAACAUAUUUCAGAAAAGGCCUUUCCCGUGGUUUGAUCUGACUGAUGUGCAGCUCAAGGAAACUCCCUUUAGCCAGCGUCUCUCAAGCAGUACUGUUCUCCAAGACUACCUUACCCAUCUAUACUGUGACUCAUUUGGCAUCUCCCUAGUCAAAGAAGACUAGCCAGAGGUUUUUUUUUCUCUCACGGAUUUGCUCUCUGUGGUUACAUCCCCAUUAUCACAAUUGACAAGUAAUCACGUGGCUGCAUUAUGCUUGAAAAUUGUAUUGGUGGAUCUUUCAAAUGUAAAAUAAACAAGAGGUCAGUAUAUUUGGGUGUGCCUAGCUUCAGAAACAGCCAAAUCAAACCAUGCAACUUAGUGCCCUUACAUAAACUGCUUCCCCAGAAAAGCCUUAACACAAAUUAUUUCUCUUCGAAAAGCUAAAUUCAAGAAGCUACAAUGCUAUUAUUAGAAAAUGAUAUACUGUAGCUUUUUCCCCCGUGUCAUAUAUAGCUGACAAAUGAUACAGCAGCUUGAUUUUCCUACCAUUUUGGAUAGAGAAGUGAAUGUUUGGUUAACAGUCUUAACUGCCUCACUUCAUUGCCUCAUUCCAGGUAUAUGUGUGUUUUAUAGUACUAUCUUAUUAAAAGCCAUUCCCAUUUAAACCACAGAGCCAAUUUAAACAAUAACUGC